GCGCCAACCCCACAUGCCACGGCCCACCGGAGAGCCGCGUUGACCUGCGACCUGGGCUCACCUCAUCUCUCACUCAGUGGCGCCAUCUCUAAACAGCUGGACCCCUUCGAUCAUUCCUCCACCACCACGCUUCCCCCUGCUCAUUCCUCGGCUCACUAUCAUGCGUCCUCCUCAUCACCUUCUCCUCGGACUCCUCCUCCUCCUCUGCCUGCGCGCGCCGCCGCGCCCCGCCGCCGCCGCGGACGCGGACACGGACACGGUGUCCCCCGGCAACGGGCUCGCCGGCACCGGCGCCAGGCUCGUCUCCAACAACAGCAAGUUCGCGCUCGGCUUCUUCAAGGCCGACAGCAGGUCCCCCAACACCUACCUCGGCAUAUGGUUCAACAAGGUCCCCAAGCUCACCCCGCUCUGGAGCGCCAACGGCGACAGCCCCGUCGUCGACCCCGCCUCGCCGGAGCUCGCCAUCUCCGGCGACGGGAACCUGGUCAUCCGCGACCGGGCCACGGCCGCCGGCUCCGUCGUCUGGUCCACCCGCGCCAACACCACCACCACCCGCACCGUCGCCGUGCUCCUCGACGACGGCAACCUCGUCCUGCGCAGCGCCGCCAACGCGUCCGACGUCUUCUGGCAGAGCUUCGACCACCCGACGGACACCCUCUUCGCCGGCGCCAAGAUCGGCUGGGACAAGCGCACCGGCGUCAACCGCCGCCUGGUUUCCAGGAAGAAUUCGGUCGACCAGGCCCCCGGCCUCUACUCCCUGGAGUUCGACUUCAGCGGGGUUGGCCAUCUCGUCUGGAACUCCACCGUCGAGUACUGGUCCACCGGGAGCUGGAACGGCAAAUACUUCGGCCUGGCGCCGGAGAUGAUCGGCGCCGUCAUGCCGAGCUUCAAGUUCGUCAACAAUAGCGAAGAGGCCUACUUCAUCUACUACCUGCACAACGACACGGCCAUCGUGCACACGGCGAUCGACUUCUCCGGCCGGGGCCUCGUGGGCAUAUGGCUGGACAGCCUCCAGGACUGGCUGGUGAAUUACAGGCAGCCGGUGGCUCAGUGCGAUGUCCACGCGACCUGCGGGCCUUUCACGGUCUGCAACGAAGCGGCGCACGAAACCUGCAGCUGCAUGAAGGGUUUCUCCGUGAGAUCGCCCGGGGAUUGGGAUCUUGGGGACCGAACGGAUGGGUGCAUGAGGAACACUCCACUGGGCUGUGCAAGUGACAGGUUCUACCCUGUGCAAAGUGUCAGCUUGCCCUACGGCGCGGAGAAAGUUCAGGCUGCUGCAGGUGAAGAUGAUUGCGAGCAGGCGUGCCUGGGUAACUGCUCUUGCACUGCAUAUUCCUACGGGGGAGGAAGCUGCUCUAUCUGGCAUGGCAAAUUGUACAAUGUGAAACAGCAAUCGGGUGCUGCUUCUGAUAGAAAUGGGGUGGCCCUUUACAUCCGCCUCGCCGCAGCGGAGAUGGCCAGUGUGGAGACGAAGAAGAGUGGGAUUAGCACUGGUGCUGUCAUUGGUGUUGCCGUUGGCGCUAGCGCUGCCGCUGCAAUCCUGGUGAUCAUCCUUGGUCUGGUGAUUUGGAGGAGAAAAGGGAAGUGGUUUGGUAGCAAACUAGAGGAUGCUCAGGGUGGCAUUGGGAUCAUCGCGUUUCGGUAUGUUGAUUUGCAGCGCGCAACUAAGAACUUCUCGGAGAAGUUGGGGGGAGGCAGCUUCGGUUCUGUAUUCAAGGGGUGCCUGAACGACUCUGUUACUUUGGCGGUGAAAAGGCUGGAUGGUGCCCAUCAAGGGGAGAAGCAGUUUAGAGCAGAAGUGAAUUCAGUUGGAAUCAUCCAACACAUCAAUUUGGUCAAACUGAUUGGAUUCUGCUGCGAGGGCGACAAGAGGAUGCUUGUGUAUGAAUACAUGCCCAAUCACUCCCUUGAUGUGCACUUGUUUAAGGCUGAUGAUACAGUUUUGGAUUGGAAUGUCAGAUACCAAAUAGCUAUUGGAGUUGCCAGAGGCCUAGCCUACUUGCACACUAGUUGUCGGGACUGCAUUAUACAUUGUGAUAUCAAGCCAGAGAACAUACUUCUCGACGCGUCUUUUGUACCUAAGAUUGCAGAUUUUGGAAUGGCAAAGGUUUUGGGGAGGGAAUUCAGCCAUGCCAUGACUACUAUGAGAGGAACUAUUGGAUACCUAGCGCCUGAAUGGAUUGGCGGAACUGUUGUUACAUCUAAAGUUGAUGUUUACAGCUAUGGCAUGGUUUUGUUUGAGAUCAUAUCAGGAAGGAGGAAUUCAUGUCCGGAGUACUUCAAGGAUGGUGAUUAUUCAAACUUUUUCCCUAUGCAAGCUGCACGCAAGCUUCUCAGUGGAGAGAUUGCAAGUCUGUUGGAUGCAAAAUUGCAUGGUGAUGUGAACCUCAAGGAGGUCGAAAGAAUCUGCAAAGUAGCAUGCUGGUGCAUUCAAGAAAAUGAGCUUGCCCGGCCGACCAUGGCCGAGGUGGUGCAGUUUCUUGAGGGCCUUUCUGAGCUCGACAUGCCACCAUUACCAAGGUUACUAAAUGCAGUCACAGGAGGAUCACCAACAUCACUGCGACAUUAGAUUUACCCCCAAACUUAUGUGUAACCUAAGAAAGCUUUUUAGCAGCCCAUGAUAACAUUGUAGUUUAUGUCCUAUAUAAACUUCACCUUUCUUUAACAUGCUAGAUCUCUAUGCAACAGAGAAAGAGCCAUUGUCUUACAAAGCAAAUAUAUAGGGUGCCUGUAACUUUUGGUACACAAGGAGAAAUUCUUCCCUAGCAAAUAAACCUGGUGACAUUUCAUUCUCAUUUUGUAAAAAAGGUUGUUCGUGUUAUUCAAUAGAGUGGGUGCCUACCAUUAUGUUUUCA